AUGCUCAUCGAAGCGGGCGCGGCCGCCAACGCAUCGGACGUCAUGGGAAUGACACCCCUUCGGGCUGCCUGCCACAACGGCUCUGUGGAGCUGGUGUCUCGUUUGCUUCAAGCGCGCGCCGACCGAAAUGUGAGAGAUGCGGACGGAGUGUCUCCGCUUGUGAUUCUUGGCGAGAAUGGCCACUGGGAGGUGGUGCAGCUCUUGCUCGGUGCUGGCGUGGAUAAAGACGGCAUCUUCACUGGCGCCUCCCCUUUGCUGGCUGCCUGUGAGAAUGGCCACCUUCGCGUUGUCGAGGUCUUGCUAGCCGCCGGUGCACGAAACGAACCAAACGCCAAGGGCAUUUCACCGGUGCUGGCGGCUGCAGAGAUUGGGCACAUGGGGUUGGUGACCCUGUUGAUACGCCAGCGCUCGGAUCUGAAUCAGGUCGACAUCGGUGGCAGAUCCCCAUUGCUGGCGGCAUGUAUGAACGGCCACAGCGACGUGGCUGGCCUGUUGCUGGACUCUGCUGCUGAUCACAACAGACAAGACACGGCGGGAACGUCUCCUCUGCUAGCCGCGAGCACAGCCGGCAGCCUGGAAACCGUACGCUUGCUGCUCACUGCCCGUGCCGACGCCGAUCUCACCAACCGUGAGGGCCAGUCACCCCUGCAGACGGCUCUGCACAAGAACCACCUAGAUUUAGCAGCCUUGCUACGAGAGUCUUGCGAGGACAUGUUCUACUUCUGCAAUGUGAGCAGCGGCGGGGCGGCGACGAAGGUCAUUGGCCGAUCCCAGACAUUGAGUGUCGAGGUCGGAAUCACGACCGUCCUGAGCUUCACGGUCUAUGAGUGCCCGGAGCCGGUCUUCACCCCCGAGACCGCACGCUGCCUCGGCUUGCUGAGGGUUCCCGUGGAGCGCUUGGCCGAGCGCUACUCCUCCGGCAUCUUUCAGCAAUGGUUCAACCUGGACACGAAGACGGACCCGCGUAUGCCUGCUGGCGACCUGCAGAGUCUGGUGAGCCGAUUCGAGCAGGCAUAUGCUGAUGCAGUGGCGGACGUAUACCAGCCGAAGAUCUGCUUGUCCGUGAUUGGCACAGCUUUCGAGGUGCAGCGAGGCACUCGACAGACCUGCUCCAUCUUCGUCGGGGAGGAUGUGAAGACCCAGGCAGGUCCCGACUUGAAAGCCCUCAUCGCUUCCCACAAGCAGCAGGCUGCCUACAUCGAUGCCCUGCAUGAAGAGAUCCGUCGCUUCAAUGUGCCAUCCUAUCGUCCGCUGGCUGCCAGCAUGGGCAUGCAGGGCUCGAUGAAGCCUCCACCUACGAUGCCA